AUGCCCACCUACCAUCCUCUCUCUCCACCCGAGCCAACAGAGACGGAAAAGACGGGGCGAGUCCAUGGCGGGGCGGCGGCGGGGCGCGGCCGCGAGCUGGCUGCAGGCGCGAGCGGCCAGGGCAUGCCGCGGCGGGCGCGGGUGUGGGGCGGCGUGCGGCGCGGGUGCGGGGCGGCGUGCGGCGCCGGCACGCGCGCGCAGGGGGCGCUCUUCUCGCUCCCGCUUGUCUCCGCCGCGGACGGCGCUCGGCCGUCCGCACACGACGCCCCGCCCGGCCCUCCGCUCCCAAGAUCCUCAUCCGAACUUAAGACAAAAUGGGCUCAAGAGUUUUUUGCUUUGUUCAUCACUGGUGUUGCCCUUUUGGGCAGUAGAAUCUUGGCCUUGGACCAUACUGUUGUUGAAAAGAGAUUAAAUGAGAACACGGUAUCACUUACAACAAAGGGAAGUCCACAACUAUGCCAACUUUGUGAGCAGUUUGCCGCAGAAACCCUCUUCUAUUUGAAGGAGAAUGAGACACGGAUCGAAAUUAUAGAUACUCUUCACCAAGCUUGUUUGAAAUUUCAUUCACUUAAGUUAGAGUGUACAAAGUUGGUUGAUUAUUAUGCAGCACUGUUCUUCGCACAAAUUGAUUCUCUAAGCCCUGAAGAAUUUUGCGUAUCAGCAAGUCUUUGUGAGGAAGUUACAUACAUUCGCCUCCCAGGACAUGAACAUGCUUGCACCCUUUGCCAUGAGGUUGUUGAUGAGAUUCGUACUGGUCUUGAAGACCCUGAGAUGGAGCUCAAGAUAAUCGAGAUACUUCUGAAAGGAUGCAACAACACAGAGAGUUUCGUACAGAAGUGCAAGAAGAUGAUAAUCCAAAACACACCGGUCAUACUAGAAGAUAUCAAGAAGUUUCUCAAGAAGAGAGAUUUCUGCGAUUCUAUCCGUGUCUGUGGAGGCAAGAUUGUUCGCCCUCGAGGAGGAGGCCUAAGAGGCCUGUCUACUGCAUGAGCUCUUUUUCUCUACUGAACACGCAUGGCGAUUGUGUGUCAUUUAAUGAAGAACACUCGUGAGGUCUGGGCGGCUCUCCGACCUCUCACAGUGAUGUUUACAAGAGAGAUUGGUGGUGUACGUGUAAGAAAGAAAAUAUUUUCCUGCAUAUUUCCGAGCGGUGUAUAUAUUACAGUACAGCAUUGGCUGUGUACCUGUAGAGAAGUGAAAUGAAAUUUCCACUGGAAAGCAUGCACGCCCUGUGAUAGUUGUUCCUGCAUGAUCGUUCAUGGAACGUAAGCAAAAUGUAAGCUUAAAGUGUACAGCAUAUCUGUAUGUAAACAAGUUAUUAAUUAUGUGCAGUGGACUUUUAUUUAUGAUGCA